CUCGCACCUUGUCUUCUUCCUCGGCGGGAGGGAGAGGGAGAGGGGCUGACGUUACCCCGCCGCACAGAUCAUCAAUCAAACCGAAGCGAGCUCGCGUCAAUUCCACCACUAGGGCGCGCAUUAAUCAGAUUGGAGUUGCGGCCCGAGCCGCUCCGCCCACGACCACCCCUCGGAUCGACCCGGCGUCCGGAGGAGGCGAGCGCGCGCGGGCAGCGUAGCGGGGGCCGGGGACGACUCCCCCACCGCAUCGGCGAUGCCGCACGAGCGGGGCGGCGCGGCGCCCGCCGUCCCCGCCCCCGAGGAGGACGCGCUGUUUAUCGAUUUACUACAUGAAGCUCCCCUAUCUGGCCAUCGAGAGCCUAGGAGCAUAGUCAGUGGCACCUUGUACUGUAUAUUGUUGGUAGGUUAUGCUGCUGUUUCUGUGUCUGCUCCAUGGAUAUUUCUUCGUUUACCAGGCAUGAUCCCUCCAUUGCUAUGCAGCUCCAAUGUUAUCCUUCUGCUUCUUACAGGCAUUUUUCAACAAUAUUGGGUUCACCAGGUCAGGAAAGUGAGAUUGCAGGGCUAUUACGAUUUUAGCCAAAAACUGAAGCACAUUGCUCGACUUCCAUUUGCCACUAUUGCUUAUGGCACUGCUUUAAUGCUCUUAAUCAUAGUCUGGCAACCUUUUGUACAUAUACUAUCAAUUUCACUGUUACUAAGGAUUGUUAUCGUGGUUGAAGCAACAUGUGCUGGAUGCUUUAUGAGCUUAUACAUAUGGUAUAUCCAUAAGUACAACUCUUUGGAUGGGCGGCCUGAUAUCUUGCAGUCAUUAUAUUCUGCACUUCAACCAUCUACUACGACUUUGGAAGAUCGAAGAUAUUAUGAUGGCCGUCUCUCUGACCAGCAGAUGGCAUUACUUCAAUACCAAAGGGAGAAUAUUCAUUACCUGAGUGAAGAGGUGCUGCGCUUGCAAGAAUGUUUGAGCAAAUACCAGAGAACUGAUGUUGGGAACACUCCUCAGGUUGAUCUUGUCCAUCUUUUAGCAUCUCGUGACCAAGAACUUCGAGCACUCUCCGCCGAGAUGAAUCAAGUGCACUCAGAGCUUCAGCUUGCUCGUGGCCUGAUUGAUGAAAAGGACUCGGAGAUCCAGCGUAUUCGUUUGAGCAAUAGUCAGUAUGUUGAAGAAAAUGAUAGACUCAGAGCUAUUCUUGGAGAAUGGAGUUCUCGAGCCGCAAAGCUUGAACGGGCACUGGAGGCAGAGCGACUGUCAAAUAUUGAACUGCGGAAGAACAUUGCAAAAUUCCGAGGGCAAUUGCAUAAGGAGCAACACGCCUGAUUCCCCUGUUCUAGGAAUAGAAUAGAUUCAUCUGGUGGUGUGUAAUGGCUGGUUAGCAACUCUUCACCUGCUGACAGUUUUGCCCAGGACAACUGACCAAAGAUAAUCAUCUCAUAUGAGAUCUUAGAAGUCCAAACCCCUGCUGUUGGCAGUUCAGGAGCAUCAGCGGUUUCACUAAAAUUGUAACAUAGUGCAAGAUAAGCAUGCUGCCCGAUUUGCAUCAGAAAGAAGGAAUAGGCAUAGGCGGCAGCUCUUGUGAAUGCACAGUUUGAUGUAUAAAUCUGAAAAGAGUUGGUUAAUGCCUUAAUGGAGUAUGGGGGGAUUUAGCU